UACAACAUUAGUCAACAACAGAGUUUGACUGCAUUUCAUUUCACACAGCAACACACACUGAACCCUUAAACCCUAACUCUCUCCGUUAACUUCAUCCACCACCGUCGCAAUGAAAUCCAUCGGCGUUUUAAUGACCAUCCCAAUGCCGAGCAACCUCGCCGAAAAACUCGCCACUCGUUUCAACCUCUUCAAACUCUGGAACCAUCCUUCCAUCGAAUCCUUCUCCCAAACGCACGCCGAUUCACUUCAUUCAGUUCGCGCACUCGUUUGCGACGCCAAAUCCGCAGCCGACGCAAAAACUAUUGACGCUCUUCCGAAUCUAGAGAUUGUUUCCACUUACAGCGUUGGAUUUGAUAAAAUUGAUAUCGGAAAAUGUAAAGAGAGAGGAAUUCGAGUUACGAAUACGCCGGAUGUGUUGACGGAUGACGUGGCUGAUCUCGCUAUUGGUCUUGCUUUGGCUGUGUUCAGGAAGAUUCCGAAUAGUGAUGGGUUUGUUAAGAAUGGGCUUUGGAAACAUUCUGAUUAUCCAUUAACUACUAAGUUUAGUGGUAAAGAAGUUGGAAUAGUUGGUUUGGGAAGAAUAGGUUCAGCAAUAGCAAAGAGAGCUGCAGCAUUUGGGUGUCCAAUUAGUUACCAUUCAAGAUCUCAAAAACCAGAGGCAGGAUCAUAUAAGUAUUAUCCUAACAUCCUUGAUUUGGCAGCUAACUCUCAAGUACUUGUUGUUGCGUGUGCCCUUACUGAACAAACGCGACACAUUGUGAAUCGUGGAGUUAUUGAUGCAUUGGGCCCAAAAGGGGUUAUUGUCAACAUUGGGCGUGGACCGAUCAUUGACGAACCUGAACUUGUGUCUGCUUUGGUUGAAGGACGGUUAGGUGGAGCGGGUCUUGAUGUGUUUGAGAAUGAGCCUAAUGUUCCUGAGGAGUUAUUGAGCCUUGAGAAUGUUGUGCUCACUCCUCAUGUAGGAAGUGAUACUGAAGAAACUUGCAAAGAUAUGGCAGAUCUUGUGAUUGCAAACUUGGAGGCUCACUUUAGUGGCAAGCCGCUUUUGACUCCUAUCCUGUGAUUUUAUUGAUUAAAUGGUAUAAUUGAAUAAUGAUGUGCCAAUGUACACAAGUUAUGGUGUUCUAGCAUGAUUGUAUUCUAAUAAAGCUUGUCUUUCUUUGUUGUUCUUGUAUGUAAAGAAAAAAUAUGUAACAUUAACAACAUCUCAAAUGAUGUCUUAAAUGGGUUGCAUAAUUUUAGCAAA